UCGCGUAGAAAGUGAACGGUGCAGGAGUGGAGUAAAGCUCAUUUGACUAGUGAAACGAUUAUAGUUAUAAGUCUGUUAACAUUACAAUACUAACUAAUAUUACCGCAACUAUAAUGCAGUUUGUACAGCUGCAACCGUGGUUUUCAGUUUAAAAAAUUCAAGUUUUCUAUGUGUUACCGAUUCUGGACCCAUUUAGUGAGAAACUAACCUAGAAAAAAGUUGCAAUACCGAAAGAUGUCCUAUUUUUCGCGUCGUGAACUAGAGGGCAUCCGUCCCAACUUGGACAAGCUGAUUUACAAAGUACUAGGAGAUUCGGAUUCGUCGGUGCUAUCAACAAUCGAAAGCAAUCUUCAUAGUGGCUUCGACCGGCGAAAGCUCAUAGAUAAACUAUCUUCGUUUAUCGAUAGCAAGCGGGCCUCUCGUCUUUCGGAUAAGGUGGAAGACUUGCUGGACGAGCUGAAAUCAUCUUCGCACAGAUCCAAAAAACGAAGUCAUGAAGACGAUCCUAGAGAAAAAGAUAUUAAAAAGGUUAAGACAAAACAUGAAGAAAGUAGCAGAAAACUCUCCGACGAGAGAGCUAGCAGGAAGGAAGGAAAUGGAAGCAGCAUUAUUGCGAAGGAAGGUAGAGGAACUAAGGAAGAAUCCAAGAGUUUCUCUACGAACCAAAUUAAGGAAAUGAUGGAGAGUGCCCAAAGGGAGAUCGAAGAACGGAAGAAAAAACUCGAAUCGAUAAAAGCAGCAAAGACUCCUCCUGCUUCGGCAGUUGCAGCAGCGGCGGCUGUUUCCGCUAAAAUAACUGCGGCAGCAGCAGCAGCCGCUACUCCGCUUGUAAUUGACCCUGACCGUUCUCGAAAAAUUGCUCAGCUUCAAGAGCAGAUUAGGGCCAAAUUAUCCGGAACACUAGCCGCUGUUCUUCCUCCUAUUGCCCAGGAUAAACCAAAGCCUUUAAUUUUGGAUGCCGAGGGUCGAACUGUAGACGGUAGUGGUCAGGCUGUUGAAGUUCCCAAGCUGACACCUACCCUGAAGGCAAAUAUUCGGGCAAAAAAACGAGAAACGACCAAAAUCCUUCAAGCCGAAAAGCAGCAGCAGGAAGAGUCCGCGGAGACGCACUUCUUUGAUGAUCGAAUUGCCAUCAAGCCGGCAGUUAGGAACAAGCGAGCGCUUCGGUUUCACGAGCCAGGCAAAUUCCAGCAGCUUGCCGAACGUUUGCGAAUGAAAUCUCAGCUGGAAAAGCUGCAGAAUGAGAUUUCCCAAAUUGCGCGUAAAACUGGAAUCAGCUCCGCUACCAAGUUGGCUUUGAUUGCUCCGAAGGCAGAUACUCAUUCCAAUGAGGUACCGCAGAUGGAAUGGUGGGACUCGGUCAUUUUGACCGAUGACCUCAAUAAGCUCGAUAGAAGCGGUCGAAUCUCGAUUCGCGAAUCGGCCAUCACGAAUCUGAUCGAGCAUCCGACACAGAUGCGACCGCCCAACGAAUCAUCCCGCCCUGUCUAUUUACCGGUGUUCCUAACUAAGAAAGAGCGUAAAAAACUUCGCCGGCAGAAUCGACGCGAAGCUUGGAAGGAAGAACAGGAGAAAAUCCGACUAGGAUUGGAACCACCACCGGAACCAAAGCUACGAAUUUCCAAUCUAAUGCGGGUACUUGGCACCGAAGCCGUACAGGAUCCGACGAAAAUUGAAGCCCACGUUCGGGAGCAAAUGGCCAAACGACAGAAAGCGCACGAGGAAGCAAAUGCGGCUCGAAAGCUUACCGAUGAUCAACGUCGUGAGAAAAAGGUACGCAAGAUGAAAGAAGACACCUCGCUGGGAGUGCACGUGUCUGUCUAUCGAAUUCGUGAUUUGCACGAUCAGCAGAGCAAAAAGUACAAGGUAGAAACCAACGCGAAGCAGUACUUUAUGACGGGAGUUUGCGUCCUUUUUCGGGACUGCUGUGUCGUGGUGGUUGAGGGCGGGCCGAAGCAGCAGAAGAAAUACAAACGAUUGAUGCUGCAUCGUAUUAAAUGGGAGGAAGAUUUGGUGAAAAAUGCCGACGGAAAUGAGAUACCGAAUUCUUGUGUUUUGGUUUGGGAAGGUACCGCCCAAAGGCGUCAUUUCGGCGAAUUUAAGUACAAAUCAUUUCCGAUGGAGAAGAGCGCCAGGGAGUUUUUCCAAAAACAUCAUGUCGAACACUACUGGGAUCUGGCGUACUCGGGAGCAGUACUGGAAGCUUCAGAAGACACUUGAAUGAUUACCGUUGUUUGAGUGUAGCAAGGUAUUUUGCGUUUUUCGUUGAAAGUUUCUCUGUUUUGUUGAAAAACAUUGUGGAAUGUCUGGUAGGAUAAAUA